UGGAGUUGAAUUGAGACGCUGGGUGGGGCUGGCCUACGGCCUGUUAUGGAAAGGGGCCGCAUUUCACUGAAACGCGGUUCAAGGGUGCAGAGGAGGGUGGCUGCUCCCUUUAUAGAAAAUGCCUGAACUAUGGCCGCCAGCGCGGGAGGGAAGGGAGGGGCGGAGAGACUUGGUUCUUGCCGUUUGGGCAGAGGAGAGAUAAGUGUCUGGGAGUGGGUAGCCUCUCCUUUGUGGGUAGCUGGGGAGCGGGUAGCCUCUCCACUGAGAGAUUUUUCGACCGAGCGGGUCAGGGAGAGCGCCUGUGACUAUUAUAUAGUGCACCAAGCUGCAAAGCCAUAAUAACGUAUCUUUUAUAGCAGUUGAAGUUUGCAUGUAUUAGUACUGUAUUAUGGCAAAGUUUGAUGAAACGAAGAUAGGAAUUGUAUUCUAGCUGAUUUGCAAGGUCUGGGCUGCCCAAUCUUGUUUUAUAACUUCUGGAAAAGUAGACUUUUUGUUAAGUCAGAUAGGAACUUCCUUUCUUACCUGGUUUCUCUACAGAUUUUUCAACUGAAAAACUUUCAAGGCUGUUAUUGCUAGCUAAUAGAGAAGCCAAUACUAGUUAAUCAUUACCACAGAUCUGCUUAUAAUAAGAGGGAACAUACCAUUGGCAAAAUAGCUUUAGAUAAAAUGAUAACUAAAAUAUAAUUGCAUUUAGAAAUUUAAAACUGCUUUUAAUCCUUGGAUAUAAAGAACAGAACGCUGCCUGUGAAGGGAUAAAACUACAGCGACUAUAUUUUUUUGGAAAAUAUAAAGCAUAAACCUGAAAAAUGGGCAAAUCUGAAAGACAAGCCAGCGAAGCAGCCAUUGCAGUGCUGCUAGAUAUUUUAGAAAGGGAAAGUACAUAUUUAUACAUAGAACCUUGGCAUGACCUUACUUUUACUACUUUUAAUUCCAAAAUCUGGUUUAUAAUUAAUUUCAGUGGUGGGAUUCAAAUAUGUGAGCAACCGGUUCUCUGUGUAGGAUGUUGCUUCCGGAGGUUCAUUCUGGGCCUGGUCAACAAAAAAUUAGCUACCAGCCGAAGUGGUGGGAACUGGUUGAAUUCCAGCACUGGUUAAUUUCCCUUAUAUUGCCCAUUCUCAGAUCCCCAAAAUUGUAUCUGACCAAGUCUGGAUAUGUUCAAGUUACGGCAGCUCUGAUUUCUCACACCAUGAUGCCCUGCUUGUUUCUACCAGAAAUAACACAUCCGUUCUAACUUGCUUGGCUAUAACCUUACAAUGGCCACCGGAGGAGGAAAGAUGAAGGACUUGCUUGUAGAUGCUUUAGAACGUCUUGAGGAAAAAGACAUUAAGUUGUUUAAGUCUAAGCUGCGAUGUGUAGCAGCUCCUUGGGGAAAGAAUAUUCCACGCGGUCGGUUGGAAAAUGCAGACCGGCUGGAUCUGGUGGAGCUCCUUGUCGAAUUCUACGAAGAGAAGGCUGCUACACUAAUGAUAGCUAUCUUGGAAGACAUGGGUUUCAAGAAAAAUGCUUCCAAUCUCAGCAAAGAGCUCAAGGAUCAAGUUCAGGGUAUGUGAGCACCUCAUUACAAGGCCUUAGAAUUAUUGAUAUAAAUGUAUAUAAACCCCAAGGUUACAAAAAGAAGUAUGCCAAGUAUGUGAAGGAAGAAUGCAAAAAUAUAGAAAGGAACAGUCUGUGUGGUGAGAGCAUUCCUUUGAAUUCACGCUAUGCAAAGCUGCUUAUUAUCCAGAAGCAUCAGUCCCAAAAGCAGAAGGAACAUGAACUCCUUGCCACUGGCGGGUUACACUUGGAAAUCCUGAGAACCUAUAGUCAUAAUUUAUCCAUUGACCUUGAAGAUUUAUUUGAACCCGAUGAAUCGGGAACAAUUCCAAAAACAGUAGUGUUGCAAGGACCUGCAGGGAUUGGGAAAAGCAUGACUGUGCAGAAGAUGAUGCUGGACUGGGCUGAUGGGCGGCUGUAUCCAGACAUGUUUGAUUAUGUAUUUUGCAUCCAUUGCCAGGAAUUGAACUUUGCUGAAAAAGCCAGCAGCUUGGUUGAACUUAUUAAUGAGCAGUGUCAGGACAGAGUUGCCCCAGUGGAUGAAAUCUUAGCCCACUCUGAAAAACUGCUCUUUAUCGUUGAUGGCUUUGAUGAGCUUUCUCACUUUUUAGAAUCUGAAGGUUAUUUGUGUGACAAUCCUAAUUUAAAGGUCCCUUUGGAAAGUAUUUUAAGCAGCCUGCUGAGGAAGAUACUCUUGCCAGAUUCCUUCCUCUUAAUCACCACCAGGCCAGGUGCUCUAGAGAGACUGCAGCAAUGCUUGAAGUUUCCCUGGUUCACUGAGAUCGUUGGCUUUUCUGAAAAAGGUCGCCGUGAGUUUUUUUCCAAGUUUUUUGAAGAGGAGAAGAAAGCCAACAUUGCACUGAGAUUCAUUGAAAAUACUGUUGCGGUGUCCACCAUCUGCUUCAUUCCAAUGGUGUGCUGGAUCAUUUGUUCUGUGAUGAAAAUAGAACUGGAAACCGAAGAUGAGAUUGCAGGCACCUUGGAUACCACAACAAAAGUCUUUUUGCAGUUCUCUCAUAUUUUUCUUAAACACGAUAAUCCCAGAUGGAAAACCUCCCCUGAAAAUGAGUUCAGAAAACUUUGUUCUUUGGCCAGAGCUGGCAUAAUGCAACAAAAAGUCCUUUUUGAAGAGCAGGAUCUCAAGGAACAUUGCUUGGAUAUAUCAGCUCUUAAGGAUCUCUUUUUAGAGAAAAGAGCUUUCGGGACAGGUUUGGGCAGGUGCAAUCUCUACAGUUUUUUCCAUCUCUGCUUUCAAGAGUUUUUUGCUGCCAUGUGGUAUAUACUGCCAGCGGAGUCAACAGAAGAGAUGGAUCACAUUAUGGAUGACUUGCAGAGAUUGUUGGUUGAAUGGGAGAAGCCAAAUAAUCAACAUUUUGCACUAACUAUAUGUUUCAUAUUUGGCCUGACAAAUGAAAAAACACACAUCUUCUUUGAGCAAGCCCUGCAAUGCAAGACUUCUGACCUUGUAAAGCCUCUCUUAUUACAGAAAGCAGAAGAAGUAGCUGCUAAGGAACACAUUCAAAAACGCUAUUUCCCGCUAAAUUUUUUUCACUGCUUGUUUGAGAGCCAGGAGCCAGAAUUUGCAAAGAGGGUGAUGCAUCACUUCCAAAAUAUUAACUUUUCCUCCAAAACGCUGUCCAUGUUAGACUGCAAAGUCUUGGCGUUUUGUCUGCAACAUAGUACAAUUGAGGAUCAUUCCCUUUGCUUACAUUUCUGCGGGUUGAAAUCUCAUCACAUAAAGGCUUUGGGUCCAGGAAUUAAGAACUGUACAACAUUAGAGUUUGGAGAUAACAAAUUUGGAAACUCAGGAGUGAAUGUUCUCUGUACCAUUCUGAAGCAACUGGGUUGUAAUUUGGCUGAUUUGAAACUUGAUUGCAAUAACCUCACAGACGCUUGUGCCCAAGAGCUUUGCACUGUUCUCAGAACUAGUCACAGACUUUUCAGUUUAGGUCUUCAAGAUAACUCCUUCACAGAGAAUUCUGUCCCAUUCAUCCAAGACUUGAUGAAAAAAUGCACCAGUUUGGCUAUUGUGGACUUAUCAUCAAAUAACUUUAAUAAAAGAGGACAAAAAUCCCUGAAUCUGCAAGUCAAGGAGAUAACUGAAUCAGGGCGUCGCUUUGUGUUAUGGAUAUGACUCUAUUCUCUCACGGUAGCUACAGAACAAAAGGAAUUCUUGUCAAUGGAUGGGAGUGGGGAAAGGAUGGAAGAAUGUUCAAAUGGAUUUACAGUGCUAAAGUAUUGCAGUUUGUGGCCUCUUCUUUUCUUCUAAAAGUAGGGUUAACACAUCUAGGCUACAAAAAGCCAGGAAGCUCCUGGUAGGCACUGAAGACAUAUACAAACGAUUUUAUUUGCGACCAUCGACUGAUCAUCCAGGUUGCUGCAAUCUAGAGAUAGUAACUGUGAGACUACUGCUUGAGUGCUUCUUCUUGAUAUUCUGUCAUACAUGUGCUUCAUUUUUCCAAUAAAUUUGCAUUAUUGACCAAACACUGCUUUUAAGCCAAA